CCUGAACAUUUCUGGAGACCCAGAGAUGUGAAGGACUGCCGGGAUUAUACUCUCCAGAUCUCUUGGAGUGCAGAUCCCUGGCUGUGUGGCAAUCCCCCUUCCUCUAAGGCCUUCCCCGACCAUAUAAGGAGAGGCAGCUGCUGGGGGCGUCCCCAGUAUCUAAAGAUAGCGGUCUCUGCUUCGGACUCCAAACGCCACCGGGUAGCAGGAGCUGCCAUGGCAAGGCAGCAUGCCAGGACGCUGUGGUAUGACAGGCCCAAAUAUGUGUUCAUGGAGUUUUGUGUUGAGGGCACCGAUGUCCACGUGCUCAUCGAAGACCACCGCAUUGUGUUCAGCUGCAAGAAUGCGGAUGGAGUGGAGUUGUACAAUGAGAUUGAGUUCUAUGCUAAGGUGAACUCCAAGGACUCCCAGGAUAAACGCUCCGGUCGUUCCAUCACUUGUUUUGUGAGGAAAUGGAAGGAGAAGGUGGCCUGGCCUCGACUCACCAAAGAGGAUAUCAAACAGGUGUGGUUGUCUGUGGACUUUGAUAACUGGAGAGACUGGGAGGGGGAUGAAGAGGUGGAGCUGGCUCAGGUGGAACACUAUGCAGAGCUUUUGAAGAAGGUCAGCGUCAAGAGACCUCCCUGGCAUGGAUGACCUGGAUGUGAUUCACACACCACCGUGGUCUCCUGCCGUCCCGCGGAGCUACAGACCGAAGGAAGCAACGGCAAGAAGGAAGUGCUGAGUGGCUUCCAAGUAGUGCUGGAAGACACGCCUUUUCCCGAGGGCGGGGGACAGCCUGAUGACCACGGUACGAUCAAUGACAUCUCUGUGUUGCGAGUGACCCGCCGCGGGGCUCAGGCUGAUCAUUUCACACAGACAGCCCUGGCCCCAGGGACUGCGGUCCAGGUCCGGGUGGACUGGGAGCGAAGGUUUGACCACAUGCAGCAGCAUUCAGGGCAGCAUCUCAUCACAGCAGUUGCUGACCAUCUGUUUGGGUUGAAGACCACAUCCUGGGAGUUAGGGCGGCUCCGGAGUGUGAUUGAGCUGGACAGCCCCUCUGUGACUGCAGAGCAGGUGGCUGCCAUUGAGCAGAGCGUCAAUGAAAACAGAGACCGCCUGCCUGUGAAUGUGCGAGAGCUGAGCCUGGAUGACCCUGAGGUGGAGCAGUGUGAGGGCAGGGGUUUGCCCGACGAUCAUGCUGGGCCCGUUCUUGUUACCAUCGAGAGCAUUGAUUCCAACAUGUGCUGUGGGACCCAUGUGAGCAAUCUCAGUGACCUUCAGGUCAUUAAAAUUCUGGGCACCGAGAAGGGGAAAAAGAACAAAACCAACCUGGCAUUUCUGGCUGGGAACCGGGUGGCUGAAGUGAUGGAGAGAAGCCACGGAACUGAAAAAGCACUGACCACGCUGCUUAAGUGUGGAGCAGAGGAUCACGUGGAAGCAGUGAAGAAGCUACAGAACUCUACCAAGCUCUUGCAGAAGAACAACCUGAAUCUGCUCAGAGACCUGGCCGUGCACAAUUGCCCACAGCCUGCGGGAACAGCCCGGGACUGGGGAGGUGUGGUCACGUUACAUAGGAAGGAGGGGGAUUCUGAGUUCAUGAAUAUCAUUGCCAAUGAGAUUGGGUCAGAGGAGACCCUCCUGUUCUUAACUGUGGGUGAUGAGAAAGGUGCUGGGCUCUUCUUACUGGCAGGGCCAGCUGAAGCCGUGGAAACCCUGCUCCCCAGGGUGGCUGAGGUCCUGGAAGGCAAAGGGGCCGGGAAGAAAGGCCGCUUCCAGGGCAAGGCCACCAAGAUGAGCCGGCGGGCAGAGGUGCAGGCGCUUCUCCAGGACUACAUCAGCACUCAGAGUGCUGAGGAGUGAGGAUCUGGACACUUCCCUGGGGCUCCUGCUGUUGAGAACGGGCCUCCUGUGACCACAGAGUCUCUUGGACAAUAAAAUAGCUUGACUUGGAAUGGUUAUGGUACCACAUGCA